AUGACUGCAACAUUAAUGGAACCAUUUCACAUGAAUCAAGUCCCUUCAGAUACACACAAUGAAGAGCUUCUUAAUCGACUACAUAACACCAGAAACAAGUUGUUACAUGAAUAUGACGUUCCAUCAAAUCUUUUGACUGAACUUUUAGAAUUGUUGGAUGAUUCAUAUUUGGUGAUCUCAAGUAUUAAAUCGAAUGAAUCGUCAAAAUUAAUGACUCCAAUAAAGAAGAAACAACAUAACGAUCUGUAUCAGACACCAGCAGACCAAGUUUCCAUUCCUGAAAACCUCGCUCCUAUUCAAUCACAUCAUCUGGAUACAUUAGAUGAAGAACCAAUUGAGUUCUAA